CUUUCCUUCUCUUGAGCUGCUGAGCCAGCUACGUACAGUAUAUAUAAUAAGACGGGUCGGCUACCCCUUCGUUCAACCGUUGGGUCUGUUGGAGAAGUGAGGCUUCGAUAUUGUUGGACUUCUGAUCCCAUUAGUCUUGGAUAGCAUAACCAGUGGAACGCUGAAUUACAUGGCAUGAAGUGGCUAAAUAAAUAAUGUGUGGCUAAAUAACUCACAUCCACAUAUCCAGAGAUAGGACAACCCAAUUAUCGGAUGCUGAAAGAGUCAGAAUGGGAUGACUGACCAAUUCUAAAGCUAGGUCUUGGUAAUCUGAAAGGCCCUGUGAUUUUCUGACACUUGACAUUAUAUACAGUUUCUUCUCCUGAACCCCUAUAUUGCAACAUGGCUGCCUAAGUUCCUUGAAAGGGGUUUGAGUUUGGAGCCUGGGAGAUAGUUUUUUGCACACUCAAAUUAUACUUCACUGUUAUCAAAAAUAACUUUUUCUCUUAAUAAACAUGACCUGCUGUGAUGCUUUAGUUCAUAAUAAGAGAAUGUGCUUUCCUCCUAUAGUGCAACAUAAUUAUGUUAAACCUGAUAACAAUCUAAUUAUAAUAUGUAUAAGAAAAAUAAACACCACAGAGUUAAGGACUAACAGAUUUACUUCAGGGUGAGCUUUCACUGUUUCCAGUCCACUUCAUCGGACAUAAGUGGAUUGUAAUUGUCAAAAGCUCACACUGAAACAAAUUUGUUAGUCAUCAAGGUGCCAUAAUUCUUUUGGUAUGUAUGCUGAACCAGACUAACACAGCUAUCUGCUGGAAAAGUAUUAAAGCAACCUGUUUAACAUUUUGUUGCAAGACUGAAUGAUGACAUAAAGAAAGGAAAUGAGCCAGGGCAGCUACAAGCUUGUUAAUACCCAGAGCAAGUUCAUAGUGGUAGGAGAGCUCACCUCUGUCUUAAUAGUUCUGUUGCUUUCUUGAUACACUGUAAAGGAAAUUCUUAAAUAUGAUCUUGGUAAAGAUUAUUGAAAAGAUGUACUUGUGGCAAAGAACAAAUAUUUUCAUAGGGAGAAUGUCAAAACAUAGUGUUGUAUCUAGAUUGAUUUUUGCUCAACGUAUUGCAUUAUUUGGAAACCAGCAAUGCAGCUUGAUCUUACACUGCUUUACUUCGACAUCUUUUGAUAUCAGUAGUCCUUGUGAAAGCUCACCAUGUUUAGUUUAGUUUCUGUAUGAACCUUCCUUUAUUUUAAGAUUGCCUUAGUUUCUCUCUGCCUCAAAAAAGUUAAAGCUAGAAUGACAUUACUACUGAUUAGGAAAAAGAGAACUUGUUUUAAGGCAGAAGAGGGUACUGUAAAUAAAACCCAACCAACCAAACAAAAACCCCAGAUUGUUCAGUCAGAAAGUACUGAAUGAAAUGGGUACUUUAUAUGAAGCGUUUUAAAUAAGGAAUUGCAUUUAAUGUUUUACUUUCAGGUUCUUAUUUUAUCAUGGCUUGGAAGUUAAUCAGGCUUGCACAAAACUAUCUCCCCGGCUUCAGACUCAUCCCCUAUUCCUAUCCUGUUUCAUCAUGAUGAACACCUUUGACUCAUUCCUGGCCAAAUUAAAGAACUUCGGUAAUGUUAGUGAACUGAAGUACGACUUGUCAUGUGAACUCUACAGAAUGUCUACAUUUUCGACUUUUCCUCUGCAUUGUCCAGUGUCUGAAAGGAGUUUUGCCCGUGCUGGUUUUUAUUAUACUGGUGUGAAAGACAAAGUCAAAUGUUACAGUUGUGGCUUGAUGUUGGACAACUGGAAGAAAGGUGACAACCCUCUGGAGAAGCAUAGACAACUUUAUCCUAGCUGCAGUUUUCUCCAGAAUCUGAGUUCAAUGAACAACCUUGGCACAUCCUUGCGUUCUGCCUUUUCACCACCGUCUAACUUGGGUGGACUUACUUCUUCACAUUCCCCAACACGAACACCAAGUUUGGAUCAAGUUGGCUAUUUCAGUGAAAGGUUUUCCAGUUUUCCCCAGGAUCCCGUCACAUCGAAGGCAGUAGAAGAUCUGUCACAUUUGAGACAUGAAACGGGUAAUUUCGCAGUGAACACAGAGGAAGGCAGAUUGCUCACUUUCAAGUCAUGGCAUUUGUCAUUUAUGUCACCUUCGUCUUUGGCAAAAGCUGGCUUUUAUUAUGUGGGGCCUGGAGACAAGGUGGCCUGUUUUACAUGUGGUGGUCAGCUGAGUAACUGGGAGCCAAAGGAUAAUGCUAUGUCUGAACAUCAGAGGCACUUUCCAUACUGCCCUUUUGUGGAACAAAUGCAAGGCCAGCCCAGUUUUACGUCCUCCAAUCUGAACAUGCGGACCUACACAGCACGUAUUGGCACGUUUAAAACUUGGCCGAUGACCGUUCCAGUCCAGCCACAGUGGCUUGCAGAUGCUGGCUUCUAUUAUGUAGGUCGCAAUGAUGAUGUCAAAUGCUUCUGUUGUGAUGGUGGACUCAGAUGCUGGGAGCCUGGGGAUGAUCCAUGGGUUGAACAUGCUAAAUGGUUUCCAAGAUGUGAGUACCUGAUUCAUAGGAAGGGGCAAGAAUUUGUUCGUCACGUUCAAGCAAGAUUCCCUCAUCUUCUUGAGCAGCUGCUCUCCACCUCAGAGUCACAUGUGGAUGAAAAUGCUGGUCCACCAAUUAUUCACUUUGAACCUGGUGAGAAUGCUUCAGAAGAUGCAGUCAUAAUGAAAACUCCUGUGGUCAAAGCUGCCUUAGAAAUGGGAUUUAGCAGAAAGCUGGUUAAGCAGAUGGUUCAGAGUAAAAUUUUAACAACUGGAGAGAAUUACAAGAGCAUAAAUGAUCUUGUUUCUGACCUCAUUGCCGCAGAAGAUGAAAAGAAGGAAGAAGAGAAGGAGACACAAUUGGAGGAGCCGACAUCAGAUCUGGCCUUAAUCAGAAAGAACCGAAUGGCAUUGUUUCAGCGCUUGACAUGUGUGCUUCCCAUCCUAGAAAGUUUACUAACAUCCAAAGUAAUAACUGACACUGAACACCAAGUUAUUAAACAAAAAACCCAGACACCUCUACAAGCGAGAGAAUUGAUUGAUACCAUCUUGGUGAAAGGAAAUGCAGCUGCAAGCAUAUUCAGAAGAUGUUUACAAGAAUGUGAUCCUGUGUUAUACAAAGACUUGUUUGUGGAAAAGAAUAUGACAUAUGUUCCAGCAGAAGAUACUUCAGGCCUGCCUAUGGAAGAACAGCUGAGACGGUUACAAGAGGAAAGAACGUGCAAAGUUUGCAUGGACAAGGAAGUGUCCAUUGUCUUUAUCCCAUGUGGCCAUUUAGUCGUCUGUAAAGAAUGUGCUCCUUCACUUAGAAAAUGCCCUAUUUGUAGAGGGACAAUCAAGGGGACUGUGCGGACGUUCCUUUCCUGAAGUGGAUAAGUUGCAUAGGGUUUUUUUUGUAUUUUUUGAUCAGCCUAGCCUAGCCCAAGACACUUUGCUGAGUAAAAUAAUUACAGAACACAAGGCAAGCAGUGCUGACCGAGAUCCAUUUAACAUGGCAACAAUUCUCAGUGCACGCUUAGGUUAACUGUGCCUCAGGUAACUGCUUGGAUUGCUAUUCUAGGCAGGCAGCUUCUUUUACAAUAAUCCCCACAGUGCCUUGGAACAAAUAAAGUGUGGUCAAUACAUGGUUUGUUACAAUUGGUGAAUUGCAGACAUACCUGUUAAUGAAGAAAGCACAUCUGGAUGAUUGGCCUUUGUUAGUCCCAGAUAUCUUUUAUAUAGUAUUGCUAUAAAUAAAAGCUGGAACAUCUAUACUGGAGCUUCUGGACUUACAUUCAUAAUGGCUAUAGAACUAAUUGGAAAAAUUACCAAGAUGUUCACAUUCUCAUUUGUAUGUUUGUAUUCUGACAGUAUUAUAGAUGCAUAGCAAUAAAACUAAAGAUAUGUAAUAUAA